GGAAUUGGUGUUGUUGUCACAAAAUUUGAAUAGAAUACUUAAAUAUAUGUACAGUACCAUAACAGGUUGACAUGUUGUCUGCACGUAGCAGGUUAAUAGCUCUGUCAAAGACGUCAGAGGGGGACAGUGAGGAUGGGAUCCUGUUUACAACCAGCUCCCAGGACCAGGAGGCCAAGCAGGAGGCCAAGAGGGAGCGGAGGAGAAGGAAGCUGGAGAAGGAACUGUUUGAGACGGAGCUGGCCUACAUCUACCAUCUGGAGCUCAUACACAAGUACUUUGAUUUCCCCCUGCGCUUUGCCUGUCUUAUUCCGGAGGAUGCCCAUGCACGUCUUUUUAGCAAUGUAGAACAGCUUUUGGAAGUGAACCGCAAGCUUCUUGAUUUGAUGGAACAGACAUCAGUAGGACAAGCCUUCCGCCAGAUUGGUCCGUUCCUCAAGCUGUACUCUACUUAUGCUAAUGGUCACGAGCAAGCUCUCAGUGUUUUACAGGAGUGGAAACAAAAGAAACCUGAGUUCAGUGACUACAUCAAGACGCAGGAAGCACGACCUGAGGUGCAGGGACUGACUCUGAACGCCUUGCUCAUCACUCCGGUUCAGAGAAUUCCACGGUACAAGCUCUUGUUGGAAGGUCUUUUGGAACACACACCUAAAGAUCACCAUGACUACCAUUCUCUUCAUGAUGCAACAUCUCAGAUAGCGGAUAUAGCUAUGUACAUCAAUGAUCAUAUUCGUCAGCAUGAAAACUUUGAGAAAAUGCUGAAUAUACAAAAGAGUUUUGAUCGAUCGGCUCCCAAGAUACUGACACCAGGCAGACAGUUCAUCAGGGAAGGAGUUCUCAAGAAGGUUGCUCGCCGGACUGGGAAAGCUCAGGAGAGAAUGUUUUUCCUCUUCUCGGACGUGCUUUUGUAUGGCAAGCCGAAGCUGGUGGACAGUGGGAAGAAGAUGUAUUCGUGUUGCUGUGUUUUGCCUUUGAAACACUGCCACGUGGAACCCGUUUUCAUCACUAACCUGCCAAAACUCGAUGGUGGAGGAAUGUUUAUGAUUUCCUGCAAAGAUGAAUGUUUGCUGUUGUAUUCUGAUGACACACAAAAUGCCAAAUCGUGGACUGCAGAUGUUAAUAAAGCAAUUUCAAAACUGUGUACUGAUCGCAAGACUCUCAGAAAACCCAGCAGUAACAUAAUGCCACUGAGAGGCAAGUCUCUCCGCCGAAAAACACGGGCAGAUAAAAAGGAAGAACUAAGUAUCAAAAGUAAGAAAGUGAUGACUGUGAAGGAUGGUGAUGACUUUGUGGUGAACUGCUCUCCAAUUCGAGAAAGACUAGAACCCAUGUGUGACCGGAUAAUGUCUGCGUGUGAGAUGGAUCUCAGCGGCUGUCUCACUCCACAGAGGUGUCGUGUCAGUCAGGAGUCGGAUGAAAACUAUGACUCGUCCAACAUCGGAGUCACGGAGACACGCAGCUCACCGGGCAGAGCAGUGCAAGAAGAGGCAUCAACAAAAUCUUCCCUAUCCGACAGUUCAGUAGUGCUGGAAGAUGCAGCUCUCUGUGAUGUAUUUCCAUUAACUGAAUACCACCCUGAACCUUCCACCGACCACCGCUCUGAAUCUUCCACUGAACACCACCCUGUAUCUUGCACCAACCAGGACCCUGACUAUUUGACCGACCAGUGCGCUGGAUGUUGCACCGACAGCCCAACCGAAUUAACAAUGGAUGUGUCUCCGAGUGACUCCCCUGCAAGAACCGUGUCACACGGCGAGAGAAUGUCCACACUGCCUUGGAAGUCUCCUCACAGAUACCCACCUGCACGGUCACAGACAACUACAGCUAACACCAGUCUGGCCUCCUGCUUUCGCAAACCUAUCUUACGGAUUCUGCGUUCGGGAAGAAGUGUGAAGAGUGCAUGUAAAAUACACAGAAGACCUCAGUUGUUACCUAAAGCUCUGAGAAAAAGAGUUCAUUAGCCAUAGAGCAGAGCUUGCAAUGUGUAAUGCGGUGGGGGGAUGGUCAAGGGUGCAAGAAGAAUUUGGGAGGGAUGCAAAGGGUUUAUGGUGUUAAAAUUGGGAAUGAAAAUUAUCAGUAUUACUUUAGCAAGGAACCAGCUGGCAAUACAAGAUGACAAUGCUAAGAUGACAAAUGUUGUGUUUGGGGGUGGGGGUGGGGGAGGGGGAGGGGUAGGUGAAAGGUAGUGGGAAAAGAUAGAAAAAAAAGUUUAUAUGAAGCACUGGAAUAGUUUUCAAAUUGUUUGCUUUGUUUAUAGUGCACAAACUGUUAAUCUUAUUGACUUGUCGGUUACUGUUAACAGUCUGAAGAUUACCUGUCAAUGACAGUUUACCUUUUAAUAAAAGCAUUUGUUUAAUGAACCUAACACAUAAUAUGAAGUAAUAAUUAAAUUUCCAUUACAUUCAUUACAACAUAACGUCGUCACAUUGGUCCAGACGUAGCAACGGGAGUUUGUUCAAUUCUCGAUGAACGUAAAAAUUAUGUCGUCAGGAAACGUCAUAUCUGAUGACGUCAUUUAAUAUGGGCACGUUGUCUUAUUGAGCACUAUUAUUUAUCAACCAAAAGUAAUUCAAAAUAAAGUACACAGUUUUAGUGCUAUUAUUAGCAAGUAUGAUUCACACAGUUUGCAGAUGAUUUUUUUGGUUUAUACCCCGUUGAACGUAAAAGAAAUAACAGACAAUCCAUAAAUGUAUUUAAGUUGAGAUCCAGGCCUGUAGUUAGCGGGUUGGCAAGGGCAAAACAAAUCUGGUAAAUGACAUAACAUGACGUUUUAAGUAUGUAACCUCUCUGAAAUGGCUUCAAAAUGGUAUUUCAGAGCUUCUAGAUUUAAAAAAUUCUUGUAGGGGCAUGCCCCUUUACCCCCUAGUGUCUUGCGCCUUCCAUCCUGGUUUGUUUCAAGAAUUCAUGUGCCCAAAAAAAAAUCCUAGCUACUGUCCUGAUGUCAGUCUUAAUAUAUUUUUAUUACAAUCCUGCAAAGUUAAAAAAAUACUAGACUCUUAUUGGUGUUCAUGUUUCAUUUGUUCCUUUUUUGUGCCUCAAUUUUAUGUUCAUUAUUUUACUAAAACUUUUAUUUAAAAAAAACAACCCCAAAACAGUCACAUGACAAAACUAUUUGUUUUUAGAAUUCAUGGCUAGCUCUGUGUGAGCAGAAACUUUCGCCAAAUUAUCUAUUAAACUUUAAAAAAUAGCUGAAUCCCAGUUAUUUUUAGAACAAAAUAUCAAUUAUUACAUGCAUUUAUUUAACCAAAUUGAAAUAAAAAUCUUCAGUUGGUGAAUUUGGUGGGUGCCAGAGCUAGCGUGGGAUUUGCCUGAUUUUUGCAAUGUUAUUUUAAUAUGAUGGUCUAAUGUCAUAAAUAUUAGAUCAUAAUGAAUACUUUUAUUUUACUGUACAAGAUACUGAUAUAAUUAUUGAUAUUAAAAAAUGUUUUUAAAAAUUAUUUUCCUUAUGAAUUUAUCUUGUAAUUCUUAUUGUAAACUAUUCUAAAUUAGAUGCCCGAGUAUUACAUGUAGAGUUGCAAACAUUUGAAAAUCGAUGUAUGAUAGUCUAUGAAACAAAAUACUAUACUGCUUGUUAGUCAUUCACUAAACACAGUAAAAUAACAGUGCAUCCAAAAACAAAAAUAGGGUUUUGGAUAUUUAUAUAUUGAAUGGUUCACACAGCACUCCAGCACUAUAAAUAGGAAUACACAAAAUAAUGUAUGGCUAAAAAUUGGGUAUGUCUGGGUGGGGAUGUGGCCAACAACUUCUUGACAGCACUGACACUAUAAAUAGAUCUACACAGAAUAUAUAAUUUGUGGCCAUAUGCAUGACACAGGCGAUAAUUUCGUUUUUAGUUGUUGAUGUAGGCAAUCAUAGAACCACACGUUGUUUGACUUUAUUCAAUUUGCUUGCAUACACUUGACAAAAACAGCACAAGAUGACAUAAACCUAAUAGAUCUCUGUAGAUAUAGAACCAUUGCUCCAAACCUUUAGGCGACAUCAUUCAUAAAAUGCACUCUGACCACUCUUGAAUUUGAAAUUUAAACAAGUUCUUUUAAUUAAUAUAAAAUAUAAUUUUAUUAAAUAUUAUUUUCUGGUACUUUGUACCCCUCUCAUGCCUAGUGUUCAAUAUCCCUUGGACUUGAUGUAAACGUUUUUACCGUUCAAGGUUCAGGCACUAACGUCCCUUUAACUUGAUUCUUCUGUCAACAUCUCUUCACUGUAGCAGGAUUGCAGGUUGCACAAGAAAACGUCUUAGUAAUUUGGCGAAUUUGCUCAAAAAAUCUUUGGCCAAGUGUAACCAAAUGAAAGAUUCUGGUUGCUUUAUUGUUAUUUUUAACAACUUGUCAAUACUGCCUGUAUUGUCACUGCAUUAUGUUUGGUUUUCUCAGACAUAGUAUAAUUUCCAUUCAUUCCAGAUUUAUACUCAUACAAUUUUCUACAGUUACUGCAUAGAUUAUUAAUGUAUUUGAUAGUUGUUACAGAUUCCCAGAUUCCAUAGAUGAGAGUCUUCCAGAUUUAUCCUGUAUUAUGGAAUUUAGCACUGCCCAAUGUUUUUUCUGGGUACAAGUUAUGUUCGGGCUGACUUAAUGAAUUUAAAUAUCUUUGGAAGUGAAAAUAAUUUUAAGGAUUUUUUUGCAAGAGGCAUUUUCAUCUAUGAGAUUCGUAGUGAUAUUUAUAAAAUUAUCUUUAUAUAUGUAUUUAGUAUUUAAAAAAAAAGAAAUUAGAUUUUUGUUUUUUCUAUUACCGGUACUUUGUCUACAUACUCAGUAUUUCCAAAUGCUUUAUAAUGGUAGUUUUGUUGAUUAUAAUAAAAUUUUAAAAUGUUA